UUUUAUAAAACUCGCUAAAAACAAGACGUAAAUUUAAAUUUUUAUUAUUUAAUUUAGUUAAAAAUAUAAAAUUUUACAUUUUUUAAAUUCAAGAUUAGAAGAAAUUUCUUUUUUGAAGGAUGUCACAAAGGCAGAGAGUUGUGGAUUUGUACAAAAAAUUAAUUUAUCUUGGAAGAGAUUAUCCAGAUCCAAAUUUCAGAAAAAAGUUACAUGGAGCAUUCAAGAGACAAGUCGCAGAAACAGAUCCAGAGAAAAUUGAGCAAUGUAUCGCCAAAGGAGAAUACGUGGCAAAGGAGUUGGAGGCCUUAUAUUCCCUGAAGAAAUACAGAGCCAUGAAAAAUCGUUACUACAAGGAAGAAUGAGACGUUUAUUCCAAAAAUGUGCCAUGAAUAAAAGAAAGUGAUAUUGUUGCCGGUUUUAUUCAAUUUUCAUUGUUUAAAAAGUACUGAAUGCACUCAAAUGCGCUAGAAACACAAAUUGAUGUAAAUAAAAUUAUUUUUUGUACAAAUUAACUGA